AUGUCACAUUCUACUGUGGACAAAUCAGUCUACGAUUACUAUUAUGACCAGAUAAUUACAGAGGGUGUGCUAUGCAACAAUACCACCGUAAGGGCAUUUGGACGUGUGUUUCUGCCUACACUGUACAGCCUGGUCUUUAUCGUGGGCUUCAUUGGUAACAGCCUGGUGGUCUGUGUCAUGGUGAAGUUCAGGAGGACCAGCAACAUGACAGACAUCUGCCUCUUCAACCUGGCACUGUCAGAUCUUCUGUUUGUCCUCACCCUGCCUUUCUGGUCUUACUACAUCACCAAAACUGAAUGGACUCUGGGGGACUUUCUGUGCACAGUGUUAACUGCACUAUACACGCUGGGCUUCUAUGGCAACAUUUUCUUCCUGGUAAUGAUGACAUUGGAUCGAUAUGUGGUCAUUGUCCAUGCUCACACCAUGGCCAGACACAGAUCAGUCAGAGUAGGGAUUGUUCUGUCUCUGUUCUUGUGGGCUCUUAGUCUCUGUGCCUCUCUGCCUACAAUCAUCUUCACAAAAGUGGAAAGAAAUGAGGCAGGACUUAUGACGUGUCAACAACAGUAUCCAGAGGACACCAAGUGGCGCCAGUUUUCUUAUUUACAAAUGAAUUUCUUGGGUCUACUUCUCCCCUUUUUCAUUAUAGUUAUUUGCUAUGGCAAGAUAAUUCUCAUUUUAGUCAACAUCAAAUCCACCAAAAAGCACAAAGCUAUCAAACUGAUAUGUAUUAUAGUAGUGGUCUUUUUCUGCUUUUGGACUCCAUACAAUUUGCUAAUUUUCUUUCGGUUUCUGCAGACACUACACUUUUUGGGGGAUUGUACAAAUGUUUAUAACAUAUCUCUGGCAAUGCAGUGGGCAGAGGUGAUAGCGUUUUCACACUGUUGUUUGAAUCCAAUUAUCUACGCUUUUGCUGGACAGAAAUUCAUGGCCCUUGUCUUGAAGUUACUAAGAAAAUGGUUGCCAAUUUGCUUUGGCAGGUCUUCUUGUGAGUCGUCUGAACGAAGAAGCUCGGUCUAUUCCCGGUCCUCUAAAACUAAAAUCUACACAAUUGCUGUAGCUUGA